ACGCUUGGUAACCAAGUUUUCCUAUUAUGACUGUAUGACUGUAUGACUGUACCUUUCGUACCUGCAUUAUUUUUUAUACAUGUACUUUGCUUUCCGCCGUUUUAUUCUUUCUCUUCACAUCUCAACCCAAUUCAUCAGUCUGCGAUUCACUUCGUAGAUAAAUUAUCUUCCAAAUUUUCAAGUCAUUCAGUUGCUUCUUGAAUUUUUCUUUCUUUUCUUUACAUCAUUUUCUUCACACAAUAAACUUUUUGUUAUAGCUUUCUCUAUUUGUUUCCACCUCGUACAACACCAAGCCAAUCUGUGGAGUACCGUUGUUGAUCCUACUUGCUUUUUUCUUCUUCAUUUGACCACCCAUUCUUUCAAUUUCCAUAAAAAAAAAUUACUCCACUCUUUUUGAACAUCAUACCAACCCACAAUGUCGGAAUCCGGUUAUUUCAACGUAGAGGAACCCACUUCCUCGGGUCCCGCAUAUGACCUAAUGGAAGACUCGGGGGUUGCCUUUGAAGACGAAGAUAACUUUCCAGAUGAAACUCCAGGAGAGCGCCUCGGAGCUAUCUUCGAAGAUGAGGAAAGCAAUCCAGAUGAAGAAAACUUUCAGGACGAAACCAGAGUCGGCUUUGAAGAUGAAGAGGGCACUCCGGAAGAAAGUCCAGAAGACCGUCUCGCAGUCAAAAAAAUGAGUCUCAAGAAAUGUGCUGAAGAUAUGGUUUCCGAGCACUCGGAAGCUGUUGCUCUUGCUGCAUUGGCAAAGAAAAUAGAAUCAGGACUGAAAGAGGUCAACAGCAAAUUAUUGGAGAAGAAUGAAAUUGUCCAAUAUUUCAUCAAGAGGAAUGGGGAAUUAUCAACUGAGAUCCGAGAGGAAGAGACAAACAUCAAGUUCUUCAAUUUAGAAUCGUCUUUGAGCAUGAAGAAACUGGAAUGCGAGCAAUUGCUUGAGGAAAACCAAAAGCUUUUGGAGAAAAUCAGACUCUACGAAGAAUCCGUGAACGAUAAAGGAAAAAUCGAUGUGGGCGCCUUACUAGUUGAGAACUCUGACUUGAAACGCAAGCUCGAAACGGCAUCUCUUCACCCAGAUUUCGACUAUGGUGCACCUCCACACGAGGAAUUGCAAAGUGAGGCUACAUUCGUCAAUCCCGAGCAGCAACUUUCGGAGUGGAAAGAAAACCCCAAGUUCCAAGAGUUCAUCGCCGAAGCUGUUCGCUCCGCCCUCAGCGAACAACGAAAAUCAAUGAAGCAUCUCUUCUUCGUCGGCCAACGCGUCCGCAACCGAUUCCUGGAAAGAAACUCCGCAUACGAUCCGAAAGUCAAGGAAAGCAACGCUAUCUACGAACUAGGAAAUUCAAGCGUCUUUAAUGGCCGUCCUAUCACUGAUGCUACCCUCUUCACUGACGUCCAGGGUGUCGUAUUCGAGAAACGCACAGACGAGAAAACUUUCAAAGAGUUAUAUUGGGCAAGUUGGCAAACCGUGCUCCGGCUCCAAGACUGCGCCGAAUUCAUCGAAAUGCUCCGCUGGCAUUCCUCGGUCAAAGCUUGGCGCAGGCAAGAUUACAUGAAGACGGAAUUUUUCAAAACCUGGACCAAAAACAUCGACACGAGAUUCGAAGACAUGGAUCUCGCCGCCGUGCGCGAAUAUUGCACAAAUAUUACUCGCAAGAAGCUCAAGGCAUGUUAUCUGGAUGAGAAGAAAAGAAACAUGAAGAUUAGACGAAGCGUCGGACUGGGAUCAGGCAAUGGUAAGUCUGAUUAUCUUCCUUGUGCUUGUGAACGUGGAGGACAGGUUCAGGUUCCGCAUAGAACUAUUGUUGCGAAGUCGAAGUCCACACGGGUGUCGAGGUUGCCGUUUGGCAGGCGAGAUACUGUAUCGUAAACAUUUUUUAUAUCAAUUAUCAAACAUCUUACCAUAUAUUGUUUACUGAAUUGCGCAAAGACUCGGGUUUGUUUUUUGACAUUGAUGUGGGGAUGUGGGGAGGAGGUGUGAUGAAGGGUGUGAUGAGGUGGAUGAUGUUGGGCUUGAUUGUCCUAUGUCAAUUCAUGCUCUGGAUGGUGUGGUGGGUGGAGCAAAAUGAUUGGUUGAGUUCGGGUUUGGAAGAUGUGCUUGAUGCCGAUGUUGAGCUUGAUCUCGGAUGGUGCGGCUUAGGAACCUUUGAGUUGGAGAUGGAAGAUAUGUUGGUUUGUGUUCGAACGGGAUUGAUGCUGGGUUGGUUGGUGGGUGAGUGUGCAGUACUUACGGCACAUCGCCGUGGCUGGAAUUGGAACUGGGAUUGGAAUUCUUCACGCAUUGAGCAUUCCCUGCGCAGUUUGUGCUUUUGGAAAUAGAAGCAAAGGGGGAAGUUGUUUGGGGAUGUGACGAGUGUAAGUUCGCUGGCUUGAAAGGCAUGACAGAAUCAAUUUGGAACACGGAAAUGGGAAUUUGAAUGGAUAUGGAUACGAAUAUGGACAUGAAUAUGGAUAUGGAUAUGGAAAUGGAUGGAUUUACGACGCUUAUGAUAACGAAAUUUUAUACACUAAACACGAAACACGGAACAUCAAAUACGAAACACGAAAUACGAAAUAUAUAUUAGAUGGGAUGGACGAAACAGAUAUACCUGCAUAAACACUUGCACACGAAUUUCCUUUAACAAAAAAACAGAAAAUAACCAAUGGUUUAGGAGUUUUUACUUGACUGUGUAUAUAGCUUUAUUAUUGACGAUUUGAGGAUUUGGGUCUCGGAGCUCAAGAUGGAGAAAGAUGAACAAAAAAACUUGGAAUAAUUUUGAGGAGGGGGGAGAUGAGAGGAGAGGAGAAAGAGAGGAGAAGAAAUUUGGAAAUAAUUUGGAAAAUAGAAAAUGAAAAUGAAAAUGUGGUUAGGGGGUGAUGUUGAAGUUUA